AUGCUUCCAACCCAGUCGCUGGGGUGGAAUGGCCUCCAAGCGCUCAAAUCACGAUUGACCGGCAGAUUGUUGAGUCUUCCUCGGGGCGUACCAGUCGGCAGCCGCCCCAGUAAAUGGGAGAAUGACGCUGCUUUCUUAGAGGCGGAUCUUCGCUACAUCUUUAAAACAACCCCUGUGGGUGUCGAUUUCUCAGAGCAAGAUUACCAUGAUAUGGACCGGAUUGCACAGGAUCUGCUGGCUUCGCUAAAUGAUAUGGUCAAUAGCACCCUCAUAGAAUCAGUCGGUAAAACAUCCAAGUCGUCUGAUACGGGUCUUCACGACAUUACAAUACUUGGUGACAAGUACCCAAAAUUAAGUGGCCUAAUCUGCUUUUUGAAUGCCUCAUCGGAUAAGUGCAAUCUAACGACAGGGUCUGGCCCAUUGCUGUUCAUGCUUCCUCAGGGACGGGCUGGCACCAUUGCAUUGGGUCGAGUGGCUGAACGGAAAGCAUACUUAGAGCGUCUCAUGGCUAGCACACAGAAAUCUCUGGGCCCUCAACCCAUUUGCCUCUCCCAGGAGGAAUUCAUGACGGGUGUUGCAGCAGCGCAGAACCAGUCUGACAUGUACCAGAAGCGCGCGAGCAUUGUAAUCAACGCAAUAUUCAACGAAUUUCGGCAGCGGAGUUGUGGAGAAACACACGAGAUCAAACUGAAAGUGUCUGAGGAGUGGCAAACAGGUUCGGAUGGACCUGCUCUGGAUAUGUUCAUUUCCCGGUGUAUGGAGAGGGGCGUUUGGCAACAGGCCAAAUGCGGCUCGUUUAAGAUAAUGGUUGAUGAAACCGAGAAAGGGAGCAUAUGUGCAGCAAUCCAACGGGCAAACGAAGGAAGAAAACUAUACUUAUUUGUCGACCAACGCGGAUCUUUUGACAUCUCAGAUAAAAUCCCUCCGAUACUUUUGUCUUCAGAGAGCUUUACCGCGGAGUCCCUCGAGGAACUCCUAAAUCAAAAGGUUUUCACGCGGAUCACCGCUCGUGACUAUUUAGAAGGGGUAGCGGUGGAGAAAUUUGGUUCACGAGAGAAAGCGACGCUUGCCCUCUCGCUUGCAAGGUGUCUUAUGGACUUCUUCGAUGAGGACUUGGAACUGGCCUCUCACAGUUGGAGACCAGAAACCUUGUACUUUCUACGUCCUUCCGGUGCCAAUGCCAGUGACCGCGUGCUGUACAUAUCGCUCAAGCCGAAAUUCUCGGGUCCCAAGCCGCCUGACUUGCUCAAGACAGUAGGACCCGGUAACCCAAUCCUACUUUCGUUUGCUAAGCUUCUGCUAGAAAUCGAGAAUGGCGAGAAGUUAUCGAUGGAGAUCCAUUCCGAUAGCAAAACAAAUGUGUCAAAAUGGGGAGAAAUGUGCGCAUUUGUGAAUGUAGCAGAAAGAGAAGGAAACGGAAACUAUCUUCAAGCUGUGGAAGGUUGUUUAUAUCUACAUAUGGCGCUGCCGAAAUUUCAAGAGCAAACCAGUGGUUCAACUGCCAGCGAGGUGUUGCGGAAGGCCAUUUAUGAGAACAUUGUACGGAAUCUCGAACUCAUGGUGAACCCACAAAUCUCGAAGCGGAAACGACGGGAUUCAGUAUCCGACCUUCCGCUCUCGAAAACGCUUUUAAUCUCGUCUCCAACAACUGAUAAGGGACCGCAGGAAGGGCUGCUGCACCGACCCAUAAAGUCGCUCCCCAGGAGGAUCGCUUGCCCUAAAAGCCGCAGUGACUUUGAGAUAGCGAUAGUAUGCGCCCUGCCACUUGAAUUUGACGCUGUAUCAUUAAUAUUCGACGAGUUCUGGGAUGAGGAGUUCGGAAGCGCCGAAGGAGAUCCAAAUAUAUACACGACCGGGCGCAUUGGAAAAUCCAACGUGGUGCUUGUCCUUCUCUCAAAUAUGGGGAAAGUCAGUGCGGCCGGUACAUCAGCCAGCCUUCGAUACAGCUUCCCUAGCUUAAGAGUAGCCCUUGUUACUGGAAUAUGCGGCGGCGUGCCCCGUCCGGGAGAAGAUGAUGAGCUUCUCCUUGGUGAUGUAGUUAUCAGCAGGCACAUCGUUCAGUACGACCUCGGGAGAAAGUAUGAUGAUGGGUUCGCAGUGAGGGACACGGUGGAUGAUAGCUUUGGCAGAGCGCCGAAAAAACUACGCAACCUGUUAGCAAUAUUUGAGACGGACAUGGUGCGACAGCGACUCGAGGACAGCACAACCGGUCAUCUGCAAGAGAUACAAAUAAAGUCCGCAACUCGGAAUCCUCGCCGGGGUGCCAGAUACCGGUAUCCAGGCGCUCUGCAAGACAAGCUCUUCCACGCCAACUACAAGCACAAACACCAUCUGCUGCCCUCGCCUUGCCUCUGCUCAAAACUCCACCGCAACAACAACAACAACAAUAACAACAACGGGCCAUCCACCCACGCCUGCAAGGACUCCCGCCACCAGACAUGCGAUGAGCUUGGGUGCGAUCACAAACACCUCGUCCGACGCGAGCGCCUCGAAUACAAACGACAACUCGAGGAAGAGGAGUGCAUCAAAGAAGCCCAGGCCCCCUCGAUAUUUAUCGGGAGCAUCGGAUCAGGCGAUACGGUGAUGAAAUCUAGCGAGGACCGUGACAGGAUCGCCAACCGCCACGGUCUCCUUGCAUUCGAGAUGGAGAGUGCCGGAGUAUGGGACGAGUUACCCUGUUGCAUUGUCGUCAAGGCAGUGUGCGACUACGCAGACAGCCACAAGAAUAAGAUUUGGCAGGACUUCGCCGCCGCGACAGCGGCGUCGGCCACGAAGGCGCUGCUUGAGUUGUACAUUGGCAGUAAUGGUCUACGGUAG